UUAGAUAUUCAGACAUGCAACCCUGUUGAAAAGUUACCAACACAUUUUAUUUUAUUUUGUUUAAGCAGAAGUCUAUAGCGAAAAUACUUUAUUCUACAAAUAAUGGGCAAAACAUCUAAGGAUAAAAGAGAUAUAUAUUAUCGUUUAGCUAAGGAAGAAGGCUGGCGAGCGAGAAGUGCUUUUAAAUUGUUACAAAUUGAUGAGAAGUUUAAUAUAUUAAAAGAUGUUACUCGCGCGGUCGAUCUUUGUGCUGCACCUGGUUCAUGGUCUCAAGUUUUGUCCAAACGCCUUUAUGAAAAUCGCACCGAUGAAAAAAAUGUUAAAAUAAUAGCUGUUGACUUGCAAGCAAUGGCACCUUUAGCGGGCGUCACACAAUUGCAGGGUGACAUUACAAAACUUAGUACAGCGUAUGCUAUAAUUGAUCAUUUCGGUGGCUCAGAACAGAAAGCUGAGUUAGUAAUUUGCGAUGGUGCACCUGAUGUAACAGGACUUCAUGACAUAGAUGAAUAUAUACAAAGUCAGCUCUUAUUAGCAGCACUGAGCAUAACAACACAUAUUUUAAUGCCUGGUGGGGUUUUUGUAGCAAAGAUAUUCCGCGGAAAAGAUACGAGUUUGUUAUACUCUCAGUUACGUAUAUUUUUCGAAAAGGUAUCUAUUGCAAAACCGGCAAGCUCUAGAAAUUCUAGUAUUGAAGCUUUCGUAGUUUGCCAAAAUUAUCAUUGUCCAAAGGGAUACGUACCACAAAUGAUAAAUUCAAUGACAGACGAUAUUCAAGAUUUGUUAAACGCUACUGAAUCCGUUGUAAAUCGAGAAAUUAUACCGUUUGUAGUUUGUGGAGAUUUAAGAGGCUUUGAUUCUGAUAUGUCAUAUAGUUUAAACCUAAACGAAGAUGAAAAGUACACUUAUCAUGAAGUAAUCCAAAAGCCCAUUUCCCCCGCUUAUAAUGAAAUAUUGGAAAAAUUAAAAAACUGUUCGAUUAAGCAUUCUGCUAUAACAGUGCAACACAAAUCGAAUGACAAAAUAUGAAAUACCUAAAACUAUCAAAUCUAAAAUUUUUUUAUUUCAAUUUAUUGUAAAAUUUUUUUAAUGUUAAAUUUCAAAUUUUAU